AUGUCUGAAAUAGAGGAUGAAGGUUAUUUGAAUUUUUUUCAGCGAAGGAAUUUAUUCAUUUAAUUCAAUCUUAUACAGUUCUUUUUGUUGAAUAUUAAUUGAUUAUCUUCUUUCUCGUUAUAUGUCUAAUUUUUUUGUACUUCAUAUUCAUUUUUUCAGUUCAAGUAAGCGAGUUUUCCGAGUCUGAAACUUCGGAAAAAGAAGAAGAUGACCCUCUCGAAUGGGUCGAAAGUUUAUUGUGCUUUCAUGGGUUUGAAAUUGGAAAAUCAUUCAAAUAAAAUAAAUUUUCAAGGUUUCUAACGACGUUCGAUUUGCUGUAUUUUGUGGAAAAUGCUGGCGAUUUUCUGAUUUGGACUUCGGAAUGUUUGAAAGUGUCACCAAACCUAUUUUUCCAUGUUUUGAGACUUGAAGAUGAUGGAAAAGUUCAAAUUCUCAUAACUGUCGGAGUUUCGUUGGAUCAGUGGAGAGCUGAGCAAAAUAAUCGCUGUGAGUUUUUGAGGAUAGUGCCCGGAAAUCAUUGAUGGGGUUUUUAAAGGCGCAUAGAUUAAGUUGAUAAAUGUAUCGAGGCGAAGAUUGUUGUAGACUUUUGUGCCUCAGGAACUCUAAAGUGGUCCCUAUAGGGUUAGGGGGAAAAACAGCCCAUAAAGGGACCAAAAAAGUGGUCCCUGUAGGGGUUUGGGGUCUGACCACUCAGGCCCUAAAGCUCAAGUGGUCCCUAUAGGGGUCGUUCAAUCUUAUUCAAAAAAGGUAAUUUUCUAGUUUGCUUCUUCACAUAGAGUUCAUAUAAUUGUCGAUUAGCACCCUACAGGGGCCACUCACAAAAACACUAUAAAGACCACUUUUGCAAGCUUAAGUGGGCCUUAUAGGGGUUGGUAGAAUGGUCCCCAGAGGGAAUCUCCAUGAGCCUUCAAGUUUGCCCCUAUAGGGACCACUCUGGUGUUCAUAAGUUUGAAGAGCUCUAAAUGAUAAUUUUCUAAUGAUUCAUCGAUUUUUAAAGAUAUUUUCUGUAAAUGUUGUUUUUUUUCGAAAUUCUUCACUUUUCUGAAGAUACAGAAGCCUUUUUUGAUUUAAAAUAAAGCUGAAAACGGCUUUUCAUUUCGAGAAUUUUAUUGAAUUUCUCUAUGCUCCUUUAAACUGAGCAACGAGCAUUUUUUUUUUUGGAUUAAUAAAAUUUAUAUCAAUUUUCUUUACAGUUAGCGAGGAAAAAAUUCAAACUCUUGAGGAUUAUGAUGAACCCGCAGUUAUGCAAAGAACAUAUCUUAUCGGGAAGGAUGAAAGAGGAUAUUCAAUCGAAGAUUUAUACUUUUUUAAUAACAUACAAGAUUUAUACGAUUUUUAUGUGUUUGGAGGCCAAAAAGUAAGUUAUUCACGUGAUAAAGUUGUUAAAAAGUAUUUUUUCAAGAUUGGAGGCGAGUUUUGUUUAAAAAAAUCCAAUACCAAGGAUGUUGUGCCAAUUUCGACAUGUGGAUAUUUCAAGAGAUGAAACGGUAAUAAAUAAAAUAGAGAUUUCCUCGAGCAGUUUAUAUAAAUUUUGAUGGAAAAAAGCCUUUAAGCUCGGCUCCGGCGUCUAUGGAGACGUUUUUCUGGCAAAUUUGCACAACCCAUCAAUUUCAAACGAGAAAGGUGUUGUGAAAACUGUGAGUGGCUCGAAAUUUGACUCCAAAUGAAGAUUUAACAACCAGAUAAAUUCUGAAUUAACAAAUGAAGAAGAACAUUGCGCCCAACUCCAGGAAGAAGUUCAGAUUUUACGGCGCCUCAACCAUCCGAAUAUUAUUCUACUCUACGGCUGGGCUUACGAUAAAAAGCCGCUAAUGUUCGUGUUGGAGUACAUGGAAGGUAGAUACACAGCUUUGGAAAGAAGGGAAACUUAUAUUGGAUUUAUUGGAACUCCAAAGUGGUCCCUAUAGGGGCAUCCUUAGGGCCUUCGGAGGGUCCCCUCUUGACACCACUUUACCAAACCCUAUAGGGGCCACUAAAGCUUGCAAAAGUGGUCUUUUUAGGGCUUUCAGUUAGUUGUUAACUCGAAGCGAAGAAGCAUUUCCAUGGGAAAAACUGAAAAACUAGGCAUUUUUUGAAUGAAGUUGAAGGGCCCCUAUAGGGUCCACUUGAGGUUUAUGGGCUAGGGGGUUAGACCCUGAAAUCCUAUACGAACCACCUUGGUUUUACCCCUAUAGGGACCACUUUUUCGGUCUUUAUAGUGGCUGUUUUUCACCUGACCCCUAUAGGGACCACUCUCAAAUUCCUAUGGCGCUCUGGCCGAUGCCGAAAUUUUCUAGUAAUCCCUUUAGUGGCGUCAUCUAAACCCGAGAUCUUCUAUAUUCCAUUUUCAUGAACACUUCUUGAAUCUUUUUUGGGAGCUUUGAUCGAGAAAAAUCCUGAUUUCAGCCGGUUCCCUCGCCGAAUAUCUGGAAGAAAACUUCAUGAACACCUCUACAAAACGACUGAUGAACUUCUGCGUCGACGUCGCCAAAGGCCUCGAAUAUAUCCAUUCGGAAGAUUUUUUGCUCCGCGAUGUCGCGAUCCGCAAUUGCCAUGUACAUUCUAAUGGAACGGUUGCAAAUUUUAAAAAGCAAAAAAAAGAAGAAAAAAAUUAUUCCAGGUCAAAAUAUCGGACUUUUCUCUUGCCGUCGAUUCCUCGGCUUAUAGAAUAAGCAAAACUGAGAACCUGCCGACGAGAUAUUUUGCCCCGGAAACAUUAAUCGAUUAUAUUUUCACCACCGACUCGGAUGUAUACAGUUUUGGGGUUGUUCUCUUAAAAUUUCAUUCAAAAAAGACCAAAUUUUCAGGUUUUAAUGUACGAAGUGUUUUCCGGCGGUGAAAUGCCUUAUCCGGAUUUGACGGCGGCUGAAGCGCGGGAAAUGGUUGAAAUAUUUUUUUCAAUGAAAAAAAUUUUUUUUUUGGUGCAUAAUGAUUGAAAUCUGAGAAGGUCCCUGAAAAAAUGGCGCUUUUCUUUUUUUCUCUUCAUAUCUGAUAUAAAUCGUAUUUUCGUUGUACGCGCUCUGAAACCUCUGACAUCUAAAAAUUUAGAAUUUCUAAAAAAAUUUUCAAUUUCUAGAAGGCUUUGAAUCGCGUCCUUCUCUCAGCUGUGUUUAAAAAAAUUUGGUAACUUUAAAGGAGCAUAGACAAAGUUUUUCAUGAAGGUUUCGAGGCGACAAGCCUUGAUUUAAGCUCUGUAUGACUCCUGCGUCUUCAGAAGACCUAAUCGAUUAUUUUUAAAUUGAUUAAUUUCAUCAAAACUUUUUUAAUUCUAAAUCUUCAUAUCUUGGUUUUAAGAUCAUCGAAGGGGGAACGAAUUCACUGGAAGGCCGAAUGCCUUUGGGCUGCCGUGACUGGAUCAAAACGUUUCUUUGGGCCUUCGAUCCUGACGACCGGUUUGGUAUGGAACAAGUGAGCUUUGUUUAAUUUACAAAAUUCUUGAAACUUGGGCCGUAGAAAGAUUCCAAGAUUCCACGUUGUGGAGACGUACUUCAGGGGGAUAUAUAGUUUUUUAAAAAUUAUUUUCAAGCCUUCUAGCCUUAAAAUCGCCAAACUCUCAGUUUUUUUUUACGAUUUCAAACUUUGAGAGGCUCCACUUAACGAGUUACGUUAAGUUACGUACUAUGGAUGUAUAGUCUGUUCAGAUUUUGAAUGUCAAGUCGUCGCUCAAGCUCCGCCCCCUAAUGGUGCGAUAUACCAAUCAGAGAGCGAGCCAUCCACAGAGUGUUUUUCAAUGACGUCAUUGCACUUGACUUCAAAAAUCUGAACAGACUAUAAACAAGUCAGACUUUCUCAAGUAGCGAAUGAGCUUGAAAAUUUUUUUUGAGAUUGUUGAGUUCUUCGAGGAGAAAGCUUCAGAGACGACAAGGCUCUCCAUAUCCACCAAUUUCAAAAGGGUGAAUUUUCAUUGAGAAAUAAAUAGACUUUUGCAUUUUCAGGCCACUACAGAGGAACUUGGAAGUACCCUUGGAGGCUCUGGUGAUACUCUUGGUAGCUCGGCAAGUUUUUUUUUGUUAAACUGUCCAAAAUGGGAUUUUUUUUUUGCCGAUACUUUCCAUUCUUUUUCUUCUCUUUUUUUGCCGAAACCUCCAAAAGUUAGUCGAAACAAAAACUGGUUUUUCUUCCAGAAAAGCCUCGAUAGUGGAACGUCAAAACGAAGAGGGAGUGGGAUCCAUCGAACUAGACGACAGGUAGGUUUCGAUUUGUUUAUUUUAAAGAAACUAAAAAACGAUUUCCAGGACGUUUUCGAAGAGUUUUCCCCGGUGCAAGAGACGUUAGAAGAGUGA